UCCGAGCUCUAAAUCCGCGAGGCGAAAAUUCUUCGUUUGGCCGGCGAGCAUGAAAGUGCAGUCUUAGAGUUGUGUUUUGUCACAUAUGCACUGAUUUUGAGGUAUAGAUCUGACACAAAGUAUAGUCAUGGAUGUAAUAGAAGUAGAUCUACUGCAGGAAAGACGUGACAAUCGUCCGAGGUCUAAUACAUGGCCAUUGCCCGAGCCUCCUGAUUUUCGAGCCCCUCCAAAACCCGAGCCUGAACCUACAAACUCUGAGCAAGAACCAUUGAAACAAGUAGCUAGCGAACCCAAGAAAAGCUCACGAAAGAACGCAUGGGGGAAUUACUCCUAUGCAGAUCUCAUAACACAAGCUAUUCAGAGUUCUCCCGAAAAGCGGUUGACUCUAUCGCAAAUUUACGACUGGAUGGUGAAUAGUGUGCCGUAUUUUCGCGACAAAGGUGAUAGCAAUAGUUCGGCUGGGUGGAAGAAUUCGAUUCGACACAAUCUCUCCUUACACAGUAAAUUUGUACGCGUACAAAACGAGGGCAACGGAAAAAGCUCAUGGUGGGUGUUAAAUCCAGAUGCCAAGGGAGCAAAGACAAGUCGAAGGAGAUCCGGAUCACUGGAUUCUGCGCAAAAAUCUACCGAGAAACGCCGGGGACGAUCUAAGGAAGAUAAAAUUAAGGAGGAGAGCGAUCGACCUGGCAGUCCGAGACUUAACGUAGGAAGACUCAAUCGUUCUGGCUCGCCGGGCAAUAUUUCCCCUACUAGUUCGAGCUCCGAUUCACUUCUAACGGUUCCAGAAUUAGUCGAAAGCGACUCUCCGUUGCCGUUCCCGUUAAAUGAUAGUUUUGGGAGGCCAAGGACGUCGUCGAAUGCGUCUACCGUAAGCAGCAUUGGCGGGAGACUAUCGCCUAUUCCUGCUCAUGACGACGAAGAUUACGAAUUCGACGCCACUGUAUCUCCUUCGGUUGCUCCUAAUAUGCCUUCUAACCCUGCGGCCGAAGAAUUAACCGAGCUGGCCGACGGCAUGACUUUGGAAACGUCUUAUAGCCUUGAAAAUCAUCCACUUAAACGCAGCCUCUCGCCUGGUAAUAAUUUACUACACCAACCAGGGAGGACUCCACCGGUAGAAAUGAACAUAUCUAACCCAAGAUCUACGAAUUUAACCAAUGGAUUCGACUCUAGCUUUGACAGUGGAUUUUUCCAGCCUGCACGGACGCAGACACAAAGCUCAAUAACACAAGAAAUGAGUCCAAUGCCUGUUUCUCAUCCUACUAGUUAUAGUACUAUGAGAGUAAAUAGGUCCUUGCAAUUUCAAAACAACUACCCACAACAUCAGCCUUUGGCCGGCCAAAACAACCAUUCUUUGCUGGCUUUCCCUACUAAUGGGCACAGAGAUACUGAAAUGGAGAUUCAAACAAGUUCCAACCAGCAGAUAAACCUUUAUGACAGCUAUAACCCGAAUUUUAAUACAUGCAACACUACCACAAACCCCAAUCAGAAUCAUAUCAACAACAUAGCCAAUAGCUAUGGAAACUUUAUGCAACAAAUGACUACCAACAACUCUGCGUUCAACUCGUUACAAAACCUCAACCAGCAACUGGGUCCGGGUCAACGGAACAUGCAGAAUCAACUAGAGUUUAUGAACGAGAAAUUCCCAAGUGACCUCGAGUUGGACUGUUUUGAAGGUGAACUUGAAUGUGAUAUGGAUACAAUCAUCUCUAGCGAACUCAAUAUGGGGGAUGGUGGGUUCGACUUUAAUUUUGAACAACUUGUCGCAUCUGCACCCAACAACCCCCCAGUAACGGUUGGAGAGUUUUCAGCAAAGCUGUACUAAAGCAUUAAAGUGCCUACAUACGAAGUAGUUAAAAAGAAUUAUACAAUUAUAUAUAGGUUGCUAAAGUUUCCUUGCGCAUCAGUCUUAUAUAAAACAUAUACAUAUAUAUAUUUUUGCUAAAAUGUUUUACCAGAUAUUUUAUGUAGAGGAUUUUGCUGUGUGUGGUAAAUGUAUGCAAUCAUAUUUGCUGGUAUUUUAUAUUUGUGGUACACCAUUUUAAUUUUACAUUUAGUGUUGGGUUACCAGUCUGGUUCUUAAGACCCAAAGGUUUCUGUAGUCAAAGUGGCUUUAUAUCUCAGCCACAUAGCAAAAACCAGAGAUCCUGAGUCUAUUCUAUAAAAGGCUAUGAUAAUUUUGAAACAUAAGUUCACAUUUGUACAUUUGCUGUGGCAUCAUCUAAUUGGAUUAAUUGGAUUGUUGUAAUUAAUCUUGGACGGCCAGAUAAGGUUUCUGCAAUCCCCUUUAUCAUUCUCCAGACAUUACUGUGAAUGAUCUAAACCUUGAUCUCAUACAGAGUUUGUAGCAGCAGCUAAAAUGUCUUAGAGAUUCAUCACAGUAUGGCAUUAACAUUGUUCAUCUUAAUCCUUGUGAUUAAGAUUUGGAAGAAAGACAAUGUUUGUUUCCAAAUUAUUGUCCAUUUAUUUUCAAACUUGCAGAACUAUACUAACAUCAUCAUAAACUCUUUUGAGAAUUUAAUACAUAGUAUUGAUAAUUACGAGACCCAGAGUUGUGCAAUAUUAGUAGACCUAGAAUUCAUUUAUACAUGCUUUGAUACUUCAAUGUACUGAAUCCAAGACCGAGUGUAAUUGCAAUCUUACUGUAUCAGGAAUAACAUGAAAGUUGUAGUUCAUCAUUUUAGAUGGAUAGUAUAUAGAAAAAUUAUAGAUUGAGUCAUUAUA